CUCUGUAUAAACAGCCAACAUGGCAGACAAUCCGCAAGUUUUUUUGCUGAAGUGUGCAGUACAGAAAUAUGCCUGGGGCAAAGUUGGGGCAGAGAGUGAGGUGGCCCAGCUGUCUCAAGCUGUGGACCCUGAGUUUGUCAUCGAGGACAACACACCUUAUGCUGAGCUGUGGAUGGGGACACACCCGAAUGGCCCCUCCCGAGUUUCCAUUCCAGGGAAGACAGAGGAGGAACUGUCAGACUGGAUAAAGAGGAACCCAGACAAGCUGGGGUCAAAGGUCGAGUCGUACUUCAAGGGGAAACUACCCUUCUUGUUCAAAGUUCUGUCUGUCAGGACCUCUUUGUCCAUACAGGCCCAUCCAAAUCUGGUUCUAGCCGAGGUGCUGCACAAGAAGAAUCCUGGUGCGUACAAAGACAGCAACCACAAGCCCGAGAUGGCCAUCGCCCUGACCCCCUUCCAGGGCCUGUGUGGCUUCAGACCCAUCAAGGAGGUCGCCAAGUAUCUGGAAGAGAUUGACGAGUUCCGCGAGGCUGUGGGCAGCCACUGCGCGGUGAGGCUGCUGACCGCCUGCAACUCUAUGGACAUGCCCCUGCACAGGGAGACCAUGAAGAUGUGCUUCACCGGGCUGAUGAACAGGGAGCCGGAGGUCAUCAAGUGUCAGCUGGAGCGCCUCGUGGCCAAAGUAGAAGACAUGAAAGCCAAUGGAAAAGACACGUCACAUUUGGUUGGAGAUGUCUUGUUGAAGUUACACAGAGAGUUUCCCGGGGACCGUGGCGGCUUCGCAAUCUACUUCUUGAACGUGAUAACCCUACAGCCGGGGGAGGCCAUGUUUCUGGAGGCCAACCUCCCACACGCAUACCUAUCUGGGGAUUGCAUGGAGUGCAUGGCAUGCUCCGACAACGUUGUGCGAGCCGGCCUGACAGUCAAGUUCGUGGACGUGCACACACUUUGUGAGAUGUUAAACUACACUGGGCAGGCGGCAUCUAAGACCAAGUUCAAGGGCAUUGAGGACCGAGGGGGAGACGUAGCUGUUACUGUCUUCAGGCCGUUUGUCACAGACUUUGCUGUUACAAGAUUUGAGGUACCGGCUGGUGUAAGGAAGGUGCGGCUGGCCCCACUCAAGAGUGCCAGUAUAUGCAUUGUGAUUGAAGGAUCAGGGGAGGCAACCAACGCAACACUGUCUUCUCCCGUACCCCUCCAGCGGGGAUCAGUAUUCUUCUUCUCCGCAGAGGAAGAAGUCAUUGUCAAUGUUACCUCAGAUGGCAUGCUAUUGUUUCGAGCAUACGCAGGAGUUUGAUCCACGUGAAACACAGACACGAACAGAUUGUAGAGCGAGACACCAACAAUUGUAGAACAAAGUCCCAGUAUUUAUUUUGAUUAUUAGCAUUGUUUGACAGAAGUCACUACAGAACAACUAGGGUUUUAACAAAGAUGCUCAUUAUGUGCUGUCAUACCUCACAAUAUUUCUGUCAGAAGAAGAAUUUUUCAUAUAUUUUUAUCCAAAGAAAUAAUUGUUACAAUGCUCCAUAAGUUGGAUAUGAUAUUGGUUACUAAUUAUGAAUGACAGUGGUCCAAUUAAGGAGGCUUGGGGGCCUUCUGUGGAAUUGGCAUCUAGGGACCCUUACAUCUUGACUUAUAGCAUUAGAGUCAUGACACUGCUGAUAUAUCAUGAUACAAUAUAGUGGUAGCAUUACCACUCGGGGUGUAUGUGGUUUUAUGAAUCCCAUGUUAGGUUUUAUGCCAAGAUCUGGACCUUCUUAAACCUUGCACCGAACGUGGGACCACACCAUCACAUGCACUCCCAGUGAUUCUGCUAACCAAUUCAUCUUACCGACAUGUUUCAAUCUGCCAUUGAAAAGAUUUAAAACAAAUUUAAAAUUGAUAGAACACAGCUGCAAGUAGAGGUCAACAUGUGCUGUGUCACGUCUUCCAUGACUCGUGAAGAACGUGUGGCUUUUUGCUUCAUAGCGAGGUUUAAGUGACAUAGUCUCCCACUCAGAAAUCCAUGUGCAGCCUUCGUGAUGGGGUAUAAGGGAUUUAUUCUCCCACUCAAAGAUUUAUUUUACUCCCCGUCAUGAUACAAAGUAUGUUAUCAAACUACGCUGGUGUUAUAUCAUGAUACAAAGUAUGUUAUCAACCUACGCUGGUGUUAUAUCAUGAUACAAAGUAUGUUAUCAAACUACGCUGGUGUUAUAUCAUGAUACAAAGGUUCUUGUAUGAUAUAGUAGGUUUCAGAUCUUGUAAAGACAGUUACGAAUGUGAAUAUCAAAUUAAAUGUCUGACAGUCUUCAAAAGAUGUUUGUUGAAUAAUUUUGUUUGUUCUGCUGAUAAUCAUGAGUGAUAUCGUUGUCUCAUGUAGACACAGAAAAAGAAAUCCAGAUGUAUUGGGUACUCCGCGUAUAACUACAUCUCGAUUAUUACACAUACCAUACUCGCCGUAAUAAGCGCUUUGGAGGCUUAGAAACUUGGUAAAGAAGGGGCUUAUUAAAACCAUACACAAGUUAAGUUUCUUGUCAGAGAUCAGGCGGUAGAGAACAGGCGGUAGAGAUCAGGCGGUAGAGAUCAGACGUAGUUCAAACGCUGAUGAAACUAAAACAAAAACAUUUAUAUAGAUACUAAUAUAUACCCGGUACUCCUUCUGUGUUGUUUGAUGUAAAUAAGUCUGACAUUAUGAGCCAUUCUACACAGCUGUGUUGUCUGUGAUCAGAUCAGUAAUUUACACAAUAAGAUGCAGAUUUAACAGUACUUGUAAUGUUUCUAACUUAGUGUGGGGUGCUUAUAAAGAGUACUUACGGUACACGUUGGUCUGGGGGGCACGGGUGGCCCAGUCGUCUGAGGCGCCGCUAUUCGCUGUGCAGAGUUGCGUCCCUUGGGCACGCCAGAAACUAUGAUUGUGGGUUCGAA